CCUGUAUGGGCCGCUAUUGCACGCGACCACCUUGCGAUCAUGGCUUCCUCGGUGUCGAGUGAACGUGCAUUCUCGAGUGCGGGGCUCACCAUAACCAAGCUGCGCAAUCGACUUCAGGGCGAUAUUGUCGAGGCUCUUCAGGUUUUGAAG